AUGAGCUCAACUCUGGGUGGACUUGCUUGGGCACAAGAUUGGUUCGAUAGUUGUUUGCUUCGCAUAAGAAAUACGACAUGGAUUCGUGAACAAGUGACAAGACGUGAGCCAUGGGGAUUAUUCAGUUCGUCUAGUGACACUGAGCAAACAACAACAAUUAUAAGUGAAGAAUGGACAAAACACGCUCAGUAUUCAUUGCAAUUAAUGGGUGGUAAUGAGUCAAUCGAGAUUUCAAAAUGGCGUGAAUGGAUUCCUACAGUGAAACAACAUCCACGACCAAUAUCAUAUGAUCUUACACCUAUUUAUACGCUUUUACCAGCAAAUAGCCAUCAACGAACGUCUCUUACAGAAGCCACUCUGUAUUUUCGCACUCAAGCUGACUUGAAUGACCGCACGUAUAUUGCACAACUUCAAUCCAUUCCGAGGCCGCCGCAAUCUCGAUGCCAAAGACCACUGGCAAAGCGUUCUUUAAAAUCAAGUAUUCAGCAGCAACCACAGGUGGUAAACCGUACUACAUCACCGUUUAUUUUCACUGAAGAAGCUCGAGCUGCUCUUUGUCCAUUUGUUGGAACUGAAGGCAUGAAAUGCUUUGAUGAUCGUCCAAUAAGAAAUUCUGGUAGAAAACUUGAUUCAGGGCAUUUGAAGUUGCCACGCGGUGUUGGUAUGACUGUCGAUCGAAGUACUGGUCAAAUCAGAGCUCUAGCUGUACAACUAACAUAUCCAUCUGAAGGCAGUCGUAUGUGGACUGAUGGCCAUACUGGUGCAAUGUUUAAUGUAUUCAACGAGGCAACACUUGGCGCAGCUAACAGAGUGGUAGCGGGGUAUGAUAAAGCCAGGGUUCGUAUUUUUCAUGAUGCAUCACAGCUAGAUGCAGCUUGGAAACAAACAUUUGCUGAUGGCAAAGUACGCGGUGGAGAAUUAGCUCGUCAACCUGAUAUGCUCGGCUACUUCAACAAGUAA